AUAAGUUAUGAUAGUUUGGAAGUUGGUGAGAAAGACAUGUUCCUUGAUAUUGCAUUUUUCUUCAAAGGAGAACCUUUGGCUAAGGUCAUGGAAAUAUUUGAUAGUUGCGGUUUUUUUCCGGUUCAUGGUAUCCAGAGGCUUAUAGACAAGUGUCUUAUUUAUACUUUUAAUUAUGAAUAUUUUUGGCUGCAUGACUUGCUACAAGAUAUGAGUCGAGAAAUUGUUCGAGAAAAAUCAGCCAAAGAUCUUAGCAAACGCAGCAGAGUGUGGUUUCACAAGGAUGUUCGUCAAGUGUUUGAAGAAGAUAUGGGGCCAAAUGAAAUUGAAGGCAUAGUAUUAGAUUUACCUGAAGGUGAUGAGGAGAUAAGCUUGCAUCCGGAUGCAUUUCAACAUAUGAAAAGAAUUAAAGAGUCUUUAUAAAUCGUAAUGCACGUUUUUCUUGUGGACCCAAUUACCUCUCCGACAAGUUAAGAGUCCUUGAUUGGUAUAAAUAUCCUGUAGAGUCUUUGCCACAUGAUUUCCAGGGAAAGAAACUCAUUGUCUUUAACAUGCGUGAUAGCUUGGUCAAGGAGUUAGGGGAUGGAUUCAAGCCCAAGGUACAUACACAAUUAUAAUAAUCAAUGAUUUUUUUUAUUUAAAUUAUGUAAUAAAUUUCAUUAAACUUUUUUUUUUUCUUUUCUUAUACAGAAUUUGACGAUAAUGACUUUCUAUGGUUGUAAAUUGUUAAAAAAGAUUCUUGAUCUUUCAAGCAUCUCAAAUUUGAAAGAAUUGAUUGUCCAAUAUUGUAAAAGAUUAGUUGAGGUGCAUGAUUCGGUUGGAUCUUUGAAAAAUCUUUCCAGGUUGGAUUUUGAUGGAUGCUCUAAACUCCAAAUUCUUCCAAGAAGCCUUAAGUUGAGAUCUUUAUGUGAGCUUAAUCUUGGGACUUGCUCAAGCCUCCGUGAUUUUCCUAAAAUCGAGUGUAAAAUGAAAUGUUUAAGGAAAUUGAGUUUAUAUAGCA